GGCUCACCUGCUGAGAUGGCUCGCUUGCAGCCUUUGAGGACUGAGGAAUUUCCCUUUGAUGAGGCAGCCAGGACAGAGGGUCUCCUUGAAACUUGACUAAUAAGCUUACACCCUGGGGCAGCAACAGAUUACACACCUCCAGCCUUUCCUUCUCCACAAGACUAAAGAACCCAAGGGCUGUUGGUCAAUGAAUCUCUCGGUCAGGGCUUCUGUGCCAGCUCUGCUCACCACCUGGCUCUCCUGCCCGACCUGUUCCUGGCCCAGGCUCCCUGCUCACUCACCCCUGCCCUUCGGCCUCUGGCCACCCGUCCCCUCCAGUGUGUGCGCCAGCCCCUGUGUCCCCUGUCACUGUGUCUGAACUGUGGGUCAUGCUGAGCUGCUGCCUUCCUUGCUCCCUGAGAGGUUGUCACCGUCCCCUUGCACACCUGAGACUUGUUUAAGUCAAGUGGCGUUGCCGCCCAAAUGAGGCCUGACCCUCAAAGUAGCCGCCUUAGGAAAGAUGGAAAUACCUGCCUGACCGGCUCACAGGAGGUCUAACCCUGCAUGUGACUGCACCUGAUCCCAGAGCCAAUCACUUCUGAGGGGGGGGGCCCUGUGCCCCCCCAACCCGCACACAGGCCCUCUGGCCCUCCUCCCGCGCUCACUGGUGGGCCAGGUGGCUGUUGCUCUCAGGAGCACUGCUGUCUGGAGGGGCGGCCGGCCCUCAUCAGAAUAAGCGCGUAUGCAAAACUCCAUUCAAAUAACAAGAAAAACAAGAAAAAUGUCUGCAGCAAAGUUAUAAAGCUCAUCUGCCUGCUCUCCAGUUGCACGUGAACUGAUCGAAUACAGAUGAUCCUUGAACUUGGGGCUUAGGGGUGCCCAACCCCCGUGCAGUUGAAAAUCUGCGUAUAACCUGACUUCCCAAAAACUUAGCUACUGAUAGCCCACCGUUGACCAGGAGCCUUGCCGACAGCGUGAACAGUUAACACGUAUUCCGUGUGUCAUGUGUGUUUCAUAUUUUAUCCUUAUAGCAAUGGAAGCUAGAGAAAAAAGUGUUUUUAAGAACAUCGUAAGGAAGAGAAAACAAUGUGGCACUUGGACUAUAUUUACUGAAAACAAGCUGGAGACAAGGGGAGCCACGCAGUUCAGACUGUGGUUCAAGUGUCCGCUGUGGGGGGUUCCAGACAUUCAGCCAGACCACCAGCCCCGUGGAUGCCAUCAGACGGGCAGCCGAGGCGGGCGGGCUGUGCUCACGGCUGCUCGGCGGGGCCCGUGGGUGGCGCAGCUGUGAGCUGGCUGGCUUGUGUCCGCACAGCCGCUGCGGCUUCUCGCUGCUGGGCCGACUGGGGACGCUGGUCCCCACAGGCUCGGGCUGAUGUGACAUUCAUGCACCCUGGGGGUGGAACCGCAGAGCGUUCACCUGGUGCUUAGGUGGCCUCCAGGCUGUCCCUACCCCAGCCCCCGGCAGGUGUGUGGGGCCUGGCCACGCACACGUGGCUUCCGUUUCCCUCGCCAGCAUCUGAUUGGUGCUGUUGAGUUUCUGCCCAUCUGAUCGCAGUGAACAGCCAGUGUGCUGCUGGAUUGUGUUUCUCUGCUCUCCGUGCAGUCCGCGGGGCCUGGCUGUCACCUGGCUGUCUGUGUGCUCGCAGGCCAGCCUCCGUGUCCUCCUCCGGGGCUGUCUGCCUUCUGGUUGCCCUUUGGGGUCACAUGUUUCUCCUAGUCUGGGCUGGUCUCCCCCGCUUUGUAAGCUUUAGUCUGGCCAGAUUGUCCGCGGUUCAUGUUGUGAGGUCACCUGACACGGCCCCCCCUCCACCGCAGACUUAGGAAGUGCCUUGGGGAGGGGACGGGUCCUGUUCUGCACCCGCAGGCCUGUCAUUCCUUUGCAUCCAGGCUGCCUGGCUGAGUCCUGCUGCCGCAGCCCCCACGGAAAGCCCCCACCCGGGACCACUGACCGCCAUCCUCACGGGGCUGACACCACCUGGUGCCCUCCUCAGUGAAGGUCCCUGUGUCAUUCCUGCCCUCGCCUCAGGCGGUUCUCCGUGUGCGUACAGGCUCUGCCUGGCAUCAGCUCUGGUGUUUCCUCCCGGAGUCUGGCUCACCAACGAGAUCACGCCGGUGCUGUCCUACUCCUACCUGGCGGUGCUGGUGCCCGUCUUCCUGCUCACCGACUACCUGCGCUACAAGCCGGUGCUGCUGCUGCAGGGCCUGAGCUACAUCUCCGUGUGGCUGCUGCUGCUGCUGGGCGACUCCGUGCUGCACAUGCAGUUCAUGGAGCUCUUCUACAGCCUCACCAUGGCCGCCCGCAUCGCCUACUCCUCCUACGUCUUCUCGCUCGUGUGCCCGGCCCGCUACCAGCGCAUGGCCGGCUACUCGCGCGCGGCCGUGCUGCUGGGCGUCUUCGCCAGCUCCGUGCUGGGCCAGCUGCUGGUCACCGUGGGCCGGGUGCCCUUCUCCACGGUCAACUACCUCUCCCUGGGCUUCCUCACCUUCAGCCUGGUCCUCGCCCUCUUCCUGAAGCGCCCCAAGCGCAGCCUCUUCUUCAACCGCGCCGCGCCCGAGCGCCACGGGGCAUCGCCCUCUGAGCUGGACCGCGUGAACCCGGCCCCCUCCCAGCCCGCAGACGCCAAGCCGGGCCGGGCGCCGCUGGGGGCCUGGCGGGACUGGACCCUGGUGCGCAUGCUCCGGGAGCUGGGGGACCACCUGCGGCUGCCGCGGCUGCGCCUCUGGUCCCUCUGGUGGGUCUUCAACUCGGCCGCCUACUACCUGGUCGUCUACUACGUGCACAUCCUGUGGAACGCGGUCAACCCCACCACGGACGCCUCCUCCGUCUACAACGGGGGGGCGGACGCCGCGUCCACCCUGCUCGGUGCCAUCACCUCCUUCUCCGCGGGCUUCGUGAAGAUCCGCUGGGCGCUGUGGGCGAAGCUGGUCAUCGCGGGCGUGACGGCAGUGCAGGCGGCGUUGGUCUUCUUCAUGUACAGCACGAGCAGCAUCUGGGUGUGCUACGUGGCCUUCGUGCUCUUCCGUGGCGCCUACCAGUUCCUGGUGCCCAUCGCCACAGCUCUGUGCCCUGGUGUUCGGAGUCAACACAUUCUUCGCCACUGCCCUCAAGACCAUCGUCGUCCUCAUCGUUGCCGACAAGCGGUGUCUGGGCCUCCCGGUGCGCUCGCAGUUCCUCGUCUACUUCAUGUACUUCCUAGUGCUGUUCGUUGUCUACCUCUCGGUGGCCAUGCUGGUGAUCCUGCGGCACCUCCGGGAAGGCCGCCACCCGCCCCCGGCCCUGCCCCCGCCCCAGGAGGAGAAGGCCGAGCAGGUGCUAAGCCUGCAGGACAGAGGCCUCAGUGGCCCGAAGCCGGAAGCCCCCCCGCCGGCCCUGGAGGACAGCGUGUGGACGGCAGGGUUGGCCUCUCGGGAACAGAACCAGCAGCCCGAGGCCAAAGCCUGACCCAGCCCGGCCUAGCGGGAGGCCAGGCUCCUCUGGCACCGGAGGCAGCCCGUGCAGCGUGCUCCACGUCCUGGGGCCUCGAUGUCUCAGAAGGGAUGACUCUUCGCAGCUUGCCCAGGACCCGGGUUCCGGCACGGUCCACAUUCCAGUGUUCGCAUUGUGGAGCCAGGGACUGACGGGGACCCUAGGUGGGAUAUCCCUGUGACCCACACCCCGAGGGCUUGUCUGGCGGUGGCCCUGAGUACUGGUUCUCGUCCCCAUCCCGCUGCCUGCUGGGGCACUGCGGGCUGGCUUGCUGUCCCCGUGGCGGGGAGGGGGGUCUCAUGUGCCCACCAGGCCACUCUGCCUUCACGCCGCCCCCCACAAGAGGCAGGUCCUGCUUGUUCCUGGGGACCAGUGAGGGGGCCAAGAUGCCAGCCUCAGGGACUCGGUCCCCCACAGGGUAUCCUGUGCCCUGCAGGGCCAGGCCGGGAUCCCUGAUUCCCGUAGCCUGUGGCUAAACCUGGUAAGGCCAGUUGUCCAGGUACUUGCUUUAGACUAUGUCCCUUUCCUAAAAAAAGUUGACCUAAAUGAGAAGCCUCAGUGGGCUUCUCUUUCUGGGUGAGACGCCAGGCAUUGGCCGCUGGCAGACAUUUGCCCGUCAGGUGGAAGCUGGGACGCGGGGGCCCUGGAGCCCCGCUUCUCCCCCAGCGGGCUAACCCUGACCUACCUCACUGGUGACUGCAGACCGCUUGGGGUCACUCACCCACGUGCCGGCCCACACGGGACCCACCCUGAGCACACCGCCUCAGAUGCAAGACCGUCGGCUCUCCCCAAAAUCAAACCCCAAGCUCCACACGUGGAGGGGCUCCUGGUCUUGUACUAACCUGGCGUGGGUGGGGGCGGCUGGUCAGGAGGCCAAGAAGAGGGCCCCGGCCCCAGGCAGGAACCCAAACCAGGCCCCCACGGCCUCGAGCUGAGCACAGCCCCCUCCUACAGCCCUGUCUUGAGAAGCGCCCAUGCCCCGCGGGAAGGGAAGGCCAGCUGCUCGGAGCCAGCUUGGUGCAGAGAGGUUGGAGCAGCCCUCCUGGAGAGGAGCUGCCUGCACCCAGGGAUCCCUGAGGUCCGCUUGUUGGGACAGGGUGUCUCAGGAGGCUGCCCUGAGGCUGCAGGAGGAGGCUGGGGGGCGGGGCAUCCACAGGGGGCCUCCCCGCUGACUCCCCACCCCCACCCACCCCAUGCCCCAGGGACCCCGUGGGGAGGGGCAGUGCUCUUCCCCUUCCAUGCUCAGGGAUCCUGCAGGACUUGCCAGGUGGAGGGUGGUGCCUCUCACCUCUGGUCACUGACCUCGUGAUGGAGGCCUUUGCGCUUGCCCCCACCCUGACCUGCGAAUGCUCCCAUCGGUGGGUGGCCCAGCCACCUGGCCCCAAGGUGGGUUCUGCAUGCUGCAGCAGCUCUGGGGAGAACAUGGGUGCUGGGUCUACACCCCGGCUUGCCUGUGCGGACUGCCAGCUGUCCUCAGGGAUGCUCCGGAGACCAGGUUUAGGGCACCAGCAUCCCCGUGCACAUGUGUGCGUCUGACAUCCGUGUACAUCUAGCCAUGCCCACCUGUGCGCCUUCAGCAGGACCCACCAGCGGGACAAAGACUCCCACGGUCUGUCUCACGAUAACGAAGGCUGCUUCCAAACCGAGUGUCCGUGCAAAAGGCCGUUUUUAUUUGGAGCCUGUUGGGAAACCACAUUACACAGUUAGCAGGA